GAUGUUGACACAUCGAGUCUGAAGUUCAGGAGGGGAGAACCGGAAGUGCGCUUAGCAAAAAAAAAAAAACAGCAAAGUUCAGCGACACCUUGCAGCUCUUUACAACCUACAGGAGCUUUUUUUGUUCCUUUAGCGCGCCAUAAAAUGCCUGAAAUAAACCCACCAAGGAUUCAGGCCGUGUGGAGCAGCGCCAGUGAUGGACUGGAAGGGUUCAAGGCUCACGCUGUGUUCCAGGAGAUCAACAAGAUGCUCCAGGAGGAAGGAGAAAAGUUUGUCAAGAAGAUCGGGGGCGUGUUUGCCUUCAAAGUGAAGGACGGUCCAAAUGGACAGGAGGCUACUUGGUUUGUGGACGUGAAGAACGGCAGCGGUUGUGUGCACAAUGACACAGCUAAGAAAGCCGAUUGCACCAUCUCCAUGUCUGACUCUGACUUAUUGGCCUUGUUGACGGGAAAGAUGAACCCUCAGACGGCCUUCUUCCAGGGCAAGCUGAAGAUCACAGGCAACAUGGGCCUGGCCAUGAAGCUCCAGAAUCUUCAGCUGCAGCCCGCCAAGGCCAAGCUGUAAAGCAAAGCUGACCCUGGAAGGACUCAAAGGUGAACUCUGUGGAGAAGUAGAAACACAUGUUUUCUAUUAGCCUCUUAUACUAAGUUCAGUCUAAUUUCGACAUUUCAUUGACAUGCCUUGUAAGAGGACACGUCAGCUGUUCAUUAAACUUUAGUGACUUUUAACAAUCACUGAUGAUGAUAACAAUAAUGAUGUAAAGGUUGUGCUCGUAGUGUGUUGGCCGUGUUAGCGCUCCGACGGAAGCUUUCAGACUGCCACGCUGUACUUGUGCUUGUGGCGUCCAGCAGCAAAUGUGUUUACUGGCGCUGACCCACUUUCUACUGCAGCUUUCAGUCAGCUCCACCUUUUCUGUGCUCACUCUGGGAUUACUGUUAUUGUAGCCUGCAGGGAUACUUUGGAUUUAUGUCAUCUCCCACACAGAUCUGUGUGUGUUGAACACAGGCCACAGUUGAAUUUGGAGCAUGUUGACAUUUGCUGUGUUUAUAACACCACUGGGACCACAAUGCUAUCACUUUCUUCAAUGUAUGACUUUGAAAGUGUCAUUUCCAGGUUCUCCACUAGGCAGCGCCACCACAUUCUACUGUAGCCACAGUGAUGCCACACUGAUGCCUCUGGUACACUGUGGUGGUCUCUAAUGUGGUUUUGAUUAUUGUAGGAAGAUAUCCUAACGACUAAUUUACCAGCUGAUCAUCCCUCUCAUCAUUAUCUGUUGAUAUGUGCCUCUAGUUACCGUGACGACCAGCUGCAGAUUUCAAUAAAUGUUUUUAAGAUUGA